AUCAGCCAUGACCUUCACCAGCAGCGGCGAUGGCCAGAGUGGUUCCAUGAGGGCGCACUUUGUGCUGGUACCGAUGUUGGCGCAGGGGCACACAAUCCCCAUGACCGACAUGGCGCGCCUGCUGGCAGAGCACGGCGCUCAGGUUAGCUUCAUCACCACACCAGUGAACGCCGCCAGGUUGGCAGGCUUUGCAGCCGAUGUGGAGGCGGCAGGCCUGGCAGUUCGGCUCGUGGAGCUCUAUUUCCCGAGCACCGAAUUCGGCCUACCGGAUGGGUGUGAGAACCUAGACAUGAUCCACUCCACGGAUCUGCUCUCCAACUUCAUGGAUGCCAUCGCUGCGCUUCAGGAGCCGCUCAAGGCAUACCUCCGUGAGCAGCAGUGCUCGCCUCCAAGCUGCGUCAUAUCUGACCUGAUUCACUGGUGGACUGGUGACAUCGCAAGGGAACUUCGUAUCCCAAGACUGACCUUCAGUGGCUUUUGUGGCUUCUCGUCCCUCAUCAGGUAUAUCACUUUUCACAACAAUGUAUUUGAAAAUGUCAAAGACGAAAAUGAGCUCAUCACGAUCACGGGGUUCCCUACACCACUAGAGAUAACGAAGGCUAAAUGCCCGGGAGGUUUUUCCAUUCCUGGUAUGGAGCAAACCCGUAAGAAGUUCCUUGAAGAGGAGCUGAAAAGUGAUGGCGAGGUCACUAACAGCUAUCAAGAGCUGGAGGCAUUAUACAUUGAAUCCUUUGAGCAGACAACAAAGAAGAAGGCCUGGGCAAUCGGACCAAUGUGCCUCUGCCACCGAGACAACAACACUAUGGCCACAAGAGGAAACAAGGCGUCAAUGGAUGAGGCACAGUACUUGCAAUGGCUUGAUUCAAUGAAGCCAGGCUCGGUGGUCUUUGUCAGCUUUGGCAGCCUCGCUUGCACUACACCUCAACAGCUUGUUGAGCUGGGACUGGGACUUGAAGCCUCCAGGAAACCAUUUAUUUGGGUGAUCAAAGCAGGAGCUAAGCUUCCCGAAGUCGAGGAAUGGCUCGCAGACGGGUUCGAGGAGCGUGUAAAAAACAGAGGCAUGGUCAUAAGGGGUUGGGCACCACAGCUCAUGAUCUUGCGGCACCAAGCCGUUGGAGGAUUCGUGACGCACUGUGGGUGGAACUCAACAAUAGAGGCCAUUUGUGCAGGUGUGCCCAUGAUCACAUGGCCGCACUUUGGGGAGCAAUUUUUGAAUGAGAAGCUGGUGGUGGAUGUGCUGAGAAUCGGUGUGGAGGUUGGAGUGAAAGGAGUUACAUGGUGGGGAAAUGAAAAACAGGAGAUUGUGGUUACAAGAGAUGAGGUGGAGAAAGCUGUGAGCACCCUGAUGGAUGAGGGGGCGGCUGCAGAAGAGACGAGGGUGAGAGCAAAAGACUGCGCGAUUAAGGCAAGGAAGGCCUUUGAUGAGGGAGGUUCUUCAUAUGACAACAUAAGGCUACUAAUUCAAGAAAUGGGAAGCAGGACGAAUGCAUGUGGUUGAUACAGAUGGUAGUAAGUUCUCUUUUUUGGUGUAAACAAAAAAUAAAAGAGCCUGUAGUACAAAUAACAUGUUGUCAUUAUAAAGAGCCUAUAUGUCAUUGGAAAUAAUUUUAAUUAUUUUACAAAUAGCCCGCUGCUUGUAUUAGGCUCGCUGUUGGGGUCGCGAUUGUUUAGAGAUUAAACGAGGAUCCGAAUGACAGCAAUAUCAAUUGUUUACGCUGCUGUGUGGUUUCAUGUUAGUCAACAUAAUGAUUGUCUUCUUCUCCAGAUGUUAUGCUCUCCUUUGCAUUUUGCUACCACUUGCUCCUCAGAGCUAAAUAAGGGUUCGAAAGGAGAGCAAAAAAAAUGAAAUACACUGUAUGCACAUUAUCAAACUGAAACUAAAAGUAAGAGAUGCUUCGAGGUGAAUAAUCAAAGAAAGAGAAGGAAAUGGAACUCAAAUAACGCGCAUAUGACAUCAGAAUUUUAUGUUCGACUUAGUAGUGUGGAAAACAUGAAAUUUCAAGGAUCUCUCCAAGGAAAUUAAAAGAGGUAAGAAUCACCGAAAACAAGGUUUUCUUGUACUGUUUAUAUGAAAAGUAGCUAAAUGGUCAAGCGCAAGACCGGAGAGCAAAUCUAUUAUUUUGAACGUGCUGAUUGAUGCUCCUAGUUCCCAAAAUCAAUCUAGCAACCAGAGGCACAAAGAGGUCUGAAUAAGUUCAAAGAAACCAUUUUGUAAUAAAAGCAUAUAGAAAGAUGACUUCCAUAGAAAGAGUCAAG